AACUGCGCGCGGGCCGGCGCGCCCAGCCUCGUUUCCAGAGUCCGCCCUCUCGCCUGCCCGCCGCCUGACGCGCUCGGCCGCUGCCAGGAUGCCGAACUGGGGAGGAGGCAAGAAGUGUGGGGUGUGCCAGAAGACGGUGUACUUUGCCGAAGAGGUCCAGUGCGAAGGCAGCAGCUUCCACAAGUCCUGCUUCCUAUGCAUGGUCUGCAAGAAGAACCUGGACAGCACCACCGUGGCCGUGCACGGCGAGGAGAUCUACUGCAAGUCCUGCUACGGCAAGAAGUACGGGCCCAAGGGCUACGGCUACGGGCAGGGCGCAGGCACCCUGAGCAUGGACAAGGGGGAGUCGCUCGGCAUCAGACACGAGGAGGCCCCCGGCCACAGGCCCACCACCAACCCCAACACGUCCAAGUUCGCCCAGAAGAUCGGGGGCUCCGAGCGCUGUCCGCGGUGCAGCCAGGCCGUCUAUGCCGCCGAGAAGGUGAUUGGCGCUGGGAAGUCCUGGCAUAAGUCCUGCUUCCGAUGUGCCAAGUGCGGCAAAGGCCUCGAGUCCACCACCCUGGCUGACAAGGAUGGCGAGAUUUACUGCAAAGGAUGCUACGCAAAGAACUUCGGGCCCAAGGGCUUCGGCUUCGGGCAGGGAGCUGGGGCUCUGGUUCACUCUGAGUGAGCGCCCCGCGCCCACGCCCCACUGCCCACGCCGUGCUUCUCGUCGCCCCCCACCCCAACGACCUUGAGACCGCCAGGCUUCCUCCCUCCCUCAGUCCUGCACGCGUCACUAAGGACUCGACCCCAGGGUGUCUGGCUUCCUUGGGUUUGGGCGUCUGCUGGAGGGCCCCCCUACCUGGCCCACCAUGUCACCAGCGGGGCCUCUUGCUCUGGGUGUCCCCCCACCUCUCCCCUCCCCACCUCUUCCCUUCCCUCCUCC